CGCACACAUUGUGGGAUGGUGCGCGCUCCCGCAGCCAAAUGUAAGUGCACCCGAGUCGGACAGACACACACUGACAGAAGAUGGCGAUGAGAGUGGCUAUACGCUGCCUCUCUGCAAACUUUUCUCCCAGACUGCCUGUGCUCUCGUCGGCAGCGCAGGUUGCAGCGACUCGGUUGCUGUGGAGGAGCGACUCUCCGCGGACACUGAGCACGACCUCGCUCCUGUCCACAGCCCUAAAGUUCACAGACAAGCACGAGUGGGUGCGAGUGGAAGGUGGAAUUGGCACGGUUGGUAUCAGCAAUUAUGCUCAGGAAGCAUUAGGUGACGUGGUGUACUGUGGACUCCCUGAAGUUGGCCAAAGACUUGAAGUGUUGGAGGAGUUUGGUGCCUUGGAAAGCGUGAAGGCUGCCAGUGAGCUAUACUCGCCACUGGCAGGAGAAGUGACUGAAAUCAACACAGGGCUGGCAGAGAAUCCUGCACUCGUGAAUAAAGCCUGCUAUGAGGAGGGGUGGCUUAUCAAGAUGACGAUUGAAAAGCCUGAAGAACUUGAAGGCCUCAUGGAUCAAGCUGCAUAUGAUUCUUUUAUAAUGUCACUUGAAGAAUAAAUGGAUAAACUCCACUGUGCUGUUUUUAUAAUGUAAUUGCAAUCAAAGAUUAGUAGGCAGGGUUACUAACAUCUUGUGUGACACUCUAUUUAUUUUGAUACUGAAAUUGUGCUGUCAAAAUAAUAAAAAAACAUCCUCACGAGCAUCUAAGGUUAGGAUUUGCUUAGCCACUAGCCAACCAAAAGGGCUCCUAAUCUCCAGAUCUGUCGGUACAUUGUUUCUAAUGCUUUGCUCCAUGUGGGAAAUGCCCGGGAAGUGAUUGUAAGAGCCGUGUCACAUUCAUUUAAUAAAAUUUGGUCCUUUCA